ACUUUCCCGCGUUUGCCCUUUACCUCUAACCACCAUGUCCCUUUUCGCCGCUCGUAUUCCCCUUCGCCAGGUAGCCCUCCGUCGGGCCACUGCUGUGCCCUCGCGGUCUAUGCACGCUGGAGAGUACAAGCAUCUCCCCUUCGAGACGAAGAACAGGACUGCGUUCGGUCUCAAGUUUGUUUCUUACCUCUUGACUGGCUUCAGCAUUCCCUUCAUUGCUGCCUAUUACCAACUCCGCAAGUCCAGCGGAGGAUCAUAAACUCGAGGGCGCCCAAUAGAUGCGUUCAUAGAAUAUAUUAUGACCAUACCCUCAAUCUGCCCAUAAUCGCGUCUUUGUUCCAAUUAGAGGAUAGAGAAUGAUAGAGGAUAGAUUCCGCGCACAUUCACAAAUAGAACAUCGACAAUGAUUUAUUCAGACUCUAUCUCCCCUAGCUGUCCGAGUACAUUCUCUACGGCCUGUGCAUCAUCUUCGUCUUCGUAUCCCAGUUGUUGCUUUUGCAGUU